AUGGCGGGGACUCGGAACUGCGGUCUUCGUGGACCCCCCGGGAGUUGCUACCUCCUUGGCUCCUUGUUCUUCGGAGUGCUCUUCCCACGAGCUGCCGCCUUCAAUCUGGACGUCAUGGGCUCCCUGCGCAAGGAGGGCGAACCGGGCAGCCUCUUCGGCUUCUCCGUGGCUCUGCACCGGCAGCUACAGCCCCAGCCCCAGAGCUGGCUACUGGUGGGUGCUCCCCAGGCACUGGCUCUUCCUGGGCAACAGGCAAAUCGCACCGGAGGCCUCUUUGCUUGCCCCCUGAGCCUGGAGGAGACUGACUGCUACAGAGUGGACAUGGAUUCCGGAGCUAAUCUGCAAAAGGAGAGCAAGGAGAAUCAGUGGUUGGGAGUCAGUGUUCGGAGCCAGGGACCCGGGGGCAAGAUUGUAACCUGCGCACACCGAUAUGAGUCGAGGCAGCGAGUGGAUCACAUCCUGGAGACUCGGGAUGUGAUUGGUCGCUGCUUUGUGUUGAGCCAGGACCUGGCUAUCCGGGAUGAUGUAGAUGGUGGACACUGGAAGUUCUGCGAAGGCCGUCCCCAGGGCCAUGAACAGUUUGGGUUUUGUCAGCAGGGCACAGCGGUUGCCUUCUCUCCUGACAGCCACUACCUUCUCUUUGGGGCUCCAGGAACCUAUAACUGGAAGGGCACGGCCAGGGUGGAGCUCUGUGCACAGGGCUCGGCGGACCUGGUGCAUCUGGACGACGGGCCCUACGAGGCGGGGGGCGAGAAGGAACAGGACCCCCGCCUCAUCCCGGUCCCUGCCAACAGUUACUUUGGUAGGGACCCCUCCCUGACCCAGAGCCACUCUAACCCUCUGUUCCUC